ACCCAGCCUGGACCGGGGACGGAGGCCACGGAGACCCACGGGCGAUGGCAGGAAAAGCCCACAGGCUGAGCACGGAGGAGAGGGAGCAGCUGCUGCCAAACCUGAGAGCCGUGGGGUGGAACGAGGUGGAAGGCAGAGACGCCAUCUUCAAAGAGUUCCACUUCAAGGACUUCAAUCGGGCCUUUGGCUUCAUGACCAGAGUGGCUCUACAGGCAGAAAAACUGGAUCACCACCCGGAAUGGUUCAAUGUGUACAAUAAGGUUCACAUCACCUUGAGUACCCACGAGUGCGGAGGCUUAUCGGAGCGAGACAUCAACUUGGCCAGCUUCAUCGAGCAGGUUGCAAAUUCUCUCUCCUGACUAGAGACAGACAUGUGAAGCCAAAAAUCAACUCUGCCGCUGCCACAACCCACGUCUCGCCUGGACGGCUGCACCUAGAGCCUUCUCCCAUUUCCAAGCUAGUUCCUGGACCCAGACUGCCUAAACGCCAUGCCAAACUGCCCACCACAGCUCAGACGGAUGGAGGCACUUCUUCGGCACCAGUGCGUACAUCCAUCUCUGAUCUUGCUGCUUCCAUUCUUAAACCCUUCGUUAGCUGUGCGCUACCAGCACACAAACUGCUGAGCCCCAGGGGCUUCCAGCAGAUGUGCCCUUUUACCAGGAGCCAUGUUACACAAUUGCACCAGUAAAUCUUUCCAGAGCCUGAUCCCCCUCCCCGGCCCCAGCCACUGUGUUAUUGCUUCUUACCUGCUGGAAUAUGCUUUCUACCUAAAAUGUGGUACGUCAACCCUUCGGUUUCUCUAUAACAUACCAGCAACUGUGAUGUGCAAUUUGGUUAUUACUGUAACCUCUCUCUAGUAGUAUUAUAAGCAGGCAUGUGAUCUCACACCUAUUGUAACCAGCCUUUAGCAGGAUGCCAACUGAAAAUGUUUACAAUAAACGUCUUAGUUA